UCUGACCAAUCGGAAUGCAGAGGAAUCCUUGCGCCUGUAUAUAAAGCAGCGCGAUCGCAGUGUGGGGUUCUCAGAGGAUGAGCGCAGCAGCUGGGUUCUGAUCCGCCUCAGAGCUGGAACGGUGUUUGAGCUUGUUAGAACUCUUACUGCUGCACAGGUGCUCCAUAGGAAUAAACAUGGCGACGUCGUCCAGCUCACAGCUCAGCAAGGUGGUGAAGCGACAGUACAUGGAGCUUCCGCAGGGGGACAAAGUGCAGGUCAUGUACAUCUGGAUCGACGGCACAGGGGAGGGACUGCGCUGCAAGACCAGGACACUCGACUCCGAGCCAAAGAGCAUCGAGGAUCUUCCUGAGUGGAACUUUGAUGGUUCCAGCACCUACCAGUCCGAAGGUUCCAACAGCGACAUGUAUCUCAUUCCCUCGGCCAUGUUCAGAGAUCCGUUCCGUAAAGACCCCAACAAGCUGGUUCUGUGUGAGGUCCUGAAAUACAACCGCAAACCUGCCGAAACUAACCACCGCUUGACGUGUAAGAAGGUGAUGCAGAUGGUGGAGGAGCAGAGCCCGUGGUUUGGCAUGGAGCAGGAGUACACCAUCCUGGGGACCGAUGGUCAUCCCUUCGGAUGGCCUUCCAACGGCUUUCCCGGUCCUCAGGGACCAUAUUACUGUGGCGUCGGCGCUGAUAAAGCGUACGGCAGGGAUAUCGUGGAAGCCCACUACAGAGCGUGUCUGUACGCCGGCGUGAACAUCUGCGGCACGAACGCUGAAGUCAUGCCAGCUCAGUGGGAGUUCCAGGUGGGUCCGUGUGAGGGAAUCACGAUGGGAGAUCACCUGUGGGUGGCUCGUUUCAUCCUGCACAGAGUGUGUGAAGACUUCGGUGUGGUAGCUUCCUUCGACCCCAAACCCAUCCCGGGGAACUGGAACGGUGCGGGCUGCCACACCAACUUCAGCACCAAGGAGAUGCGGGAAGAUGGUGGGCUGAAAUGCAUUGAGGAAUGUAUUGAGAAGUUGGCAAAGCGGCACAACUACCACAUCCGUGCCUACGACCCUAAAGGAGGUCUGGACAACGCUCGGCGCCUGACUGGCCACCACGAAACCUCCAACAUCCACGAGUUCUCGGCCGGAGUUGCCAACCGCGGCGCUAGCAUCCGCAUCCCCCGCUCCGUGGGCCAGGAGAAGAAGGGAUACUUUGAAGACCGGCGCCCAAGCGCUAACUGUGACCCAUACGCCGUCACCGAAGCCCUCAUACGCACGUGUCUGCUCAGUGAAGAUGGAGAUGAACCCGUGGACUAUUAGAUCUUUAUGAUCUCGUUCUCUCUCUGUCUGCGGGACUGAACUCCGUUCCUCUGCUCGUCUCUCUAAAGGUCCGCAGGGCAGAUUUUAGUACUGUAUUCUGUUUCUUUCAUUUCCGUCUUAAUGUGUCUUAACCACGCAUCGUAGCGGUUUUUAAAAGAAGUUGGCUGGUCAACUUAACAUUUUAGGGUUAAACCUUGACAAUUAACCGGGGACGUGAUGUUGCGGCGCAUAUCUGACCCUCCUGUGUAUCAUUCAUUUUUCUUUUUUUUUUCUUUUUUUUUUUUUCUCCUCUUUGGGAUGGGACGCUCUCCAUUAAACCUCCGUCAUGAUCUCUGAGCCAUUCACCCCGAUGAGAACGGACCGAACCUGAUGGUCCACGUGGACGUGUGACGGAGCAGAGCCGCACGGGCUGCAGCACGUUUCCCUUCAGUAGCUAGCUGAUGUUCACGCGCUCACAUAACCUGUGUAAUAUUUUAUUGUUACUAACUAAAGUGUUUAAUCCACAACAACAUCGUGUGUGUUUUUUCUACUGCUUCAGGUUGUACGCUUCACUCGACUCUCCACUCGUGUUUAAAAUUUAAAAAAAAUAGAGCAAAUUUGUGAUCGAAGAAAGGAAAUGUUUGAUUUGUGUGUAACCGCUCAAGUUGCUGAACCUGUUGGGUUUUUCUUGGGGUUUUUUUUUUUUUUUUAAACAACUUUAAAAAACAAUAUUUUUACCACA